UGCUUCUGAUCCAAAGUGGGCUCUGUUUUAGCAUUCUCUGGGCGCAUUAGAGACACUGCACCUGUCCACCUCUGACAAUGCAAGCUUCAGCCCCGUUCCUUCUGCUGCUUUCCUGUUUGACAGGUGUAAGCAAACAAGCUGAAGUCAUGAUACCAUCAAGAAGUGUUGGGAACCAAACGCUGGGAUCUGCCCAAAGACAGAAGGUUGUAAAGUUGGGUCCUACAGGACAAAGGAUUGGGAUGGGAAAUAAAGGAAUGUCAGGCGUCACAAAGACUUCAGAUGACAUAAAAACCACAACAGAGGGACCUGUAACAGAAACCUUGACAGAGCCUUUACCUCCACUGUCAUUUCCAGAAGGGAUCGUGAGACUGGCUGGUUCAGGAACACUCAGUAAGAACUACAGAACUACUGAUAAUCCACCUUUGUCAGCCCCAAGCACAAUUUCAAACCCAACAUCACAGAAAGCAGGCAAAGAAGAGAUCAAGACUCCUACUGAAUCAGUGGAAAACACCAUUCCAUCUCCUGCAGAUCUAGAAGGUCAGACUGAACUGAUGAGGAGUCCCGAGACAGGUGAUUCAGAAGAUGUUGUAGGUAAAAUUGAUGGACCAAAAAAUUUGUCAGAAAGAACACAAACGCAGAAGUCACCAGAUUCCAAAGGGAGAGUUCUUCAAACAGAAAGAAGAGAGUCUGCAGGGACAAGACAUUUUACAAAUGAGAAAGCAAAUUCCACUGUGUUACAAAUAUUACCUUCUCAAAAUCUGACACAUAGCCCAGGAGGAUUUGCCGUAAAAACUUCACAUGAGUGGCCCAGAGUUCUGGGUGUGAGAGAUUCUGAAAUGAUGGGAAAAUCUGAGAAUCUCAGAAAAUCGACAGGGAAAAGUGAGUUUGAGAAAACAGCUGCAGAGGAAAUCACCCAAGUACUACCAACGGAACUGCCAGAUGAUCCAGCAAUGGAGACAAUAACAACAGGAACAGAGGGAGAAAUGACAGUGUCAGGGGACAUGUCACAGAGCGAACCACAAGUGGCCUCCGGAGACCCCAAAAAAGAGAGAGACGUAACAGGGAAGAUUGACACUAUGAGGCUACCUGCAGAUUUAGACGGAACUGUGAGCAUUACAGUAUUGCCAGAAAAGUCCCCAGAAAGCCAAGGUCAUGUUUCAGGCAAUUUGCCACCAGGACAUGCCGAUGUGGACAGAAGACUACCCUCCAUAGCUGGACCUCCAGGGCCAAGGGGGCACCAGGGCCCUCCUGGACUACCUGGACCACCUGGGCAAAAAGGAGACAAAGGCUACCCAGGAGUCAUGGGCCAAACAGGGCAUACAGGCUACCGGGGACCCGUUGGUCCUCCUGGAAUGCCCGCCAUCAUCGUGUGGAAGACCUCUGUAGAAGAGUGGCAGGCCUUUAAGAAUAAUACAUUUUACAGAAAGUUUGUUGCAGCCUGGCCGAGAAUGAAAGGGCCCCCAGGACAUUUCGGACCCCAGGGGGAUCCAGGGCCACCUGGGCCUCCAGGGGUACCUGGAAAACAGGGGAGCAAAGGAGAUGGAGGGAAAAUCGGGCCACCGGGGCCCCCAGGAAUUCCAGGGCCCUCAGGUAGACCGGGCAGAGAUGGAAUCCCAGGGACUGAUGCUGUCGAUAGUCCAGCUGGACCGUCAGGAAUGAAGGGUCCGAGGGGCUACAGGGGCGAGAUGGGCAGCAAAGGGGAGCCGGGUGAGUGGGGUUACCAAGGAGAAACGGGGCCACAAGGAGACAAAGGGGCAAAAGGAGAGCAGGGGAAGAAGGGAGAGAGGGGCCUGCUCGGCAUUAUGGGAAACAUGGGGCUGCCUGGAGCUAGAGGCCCCCCAGGAUUUAUGGGAAUGCCUGGCACCAUGGGCGAAACUGGACCGCCUGGAUUCACCGGACCACCAGGACCUCCUGGAAUCAUGGGGCCAAGAGGGAUAAGGGGAGUCCCAGGCGUCAGCGGGGCCCCGGGCCAGCCGGGAUUUCGAGGACCCAGGGGACCAGCUGCCCCCCCAGGAGAACCCGGCUUGGAUGGUAUGGUCGGAUUUUCUGGAGUACAAGGGCCACAGGGCAAAUCGGGCGAGGAAGGUCCCCCCGGUAACAAAGGAGAUCAAGGAGGACCAGGUGAUGAGGGAGACAUAGGGGAACCUGGACUCCCUGGUGACAAUGGAGCCAAUGGCCAAGCAGGAAAACCAGGACCCUCAGGUGAUCCAGGACCCAAAGGCCAGAAGGCCCAAAAGGGUGAACCUGGGAUACAGGGAGACCAGGGACUUCCUGGACUUCCGGGUAAAAGAGGGUUCAAAGGCAGGGGAGGACCAUCUGGUUUCCAAGGUGACACAGGGCGUCACGGUGACCGGGGACAGACAGGCACCAAGGGCUAUGAUGGGACAAUGGGGGAGCAAGGGAAGCAGGGACAGGAUGGGCUUAAGGGUGACAGGGGUCGACAAGGUAUACAGGGAAUUCCUGGCUCCAGAGGUGAAAAGGGUCGUCCAGGCCGUGGAGGAUUUGCUGGUUUGCCUGGCCCCUUGGGAGAGAUGGGGAAAUCAGGACAAAGAGGACCUGAAGGAGAUCCCGGUAUUAAGGGAAAGCCAGGACUUCCAGGUUUGCCUGGAGCUUGGCGGCUCAAGGGAUUGCAAGGUCUCCCUGGGAUUCAAGGUGCUGAUGGACUACAUGGAGCACCAGGGCCUGUUGGAGAACCAGGUUUAGUUGGAGAAACCGGACCUCCAGGUCCAAAGGGUGUUGAGGGGAAGCCUGGAGCUGCUGGACGUCAAGGUCCUGUUGGGAAUAUUGGGGAAGCUGGUGGGAGAGGAGAGACUGGCAGCCCAGGAAGACCAGGGAUCAAGGGUGUACAAGGUAAACCAGGACCAAAAGGAUUUUCAGGGAAUCCUGCUCAAAAGGGGCACAGAGGUCCAGAAGGUACAAAGGGGGCACCUGGAAGUCCAGGUCGGCAAGGCGUGCCAGGACCCAAAGGAUACACUGGAUCUCCUGGUAUGCAGGGUAAUAUUGGACCUUGGGGAGAAGUGGGUCUCCAAGGACCACCAGGAGACAAAGGCCCUCCUGGAGUAAUAGGUCCACAAGGAGCUACUGGCUAUCCCGGUAUGGAUGGACCUCCCGGAUCAAGUGGAGUUGUUGGAAGUAAGGGAGAUAAGGGAUUAGAAGGAUCUGAGGGACAGAAAGGAGUUGCUGGUGUCGAUGGUGAGGAGGGGCCACCUGGAUCGAGGGGGGUCAUGGGACCAUCCGGGGUAAAGGGGCAGCUUGGAGAGAAAGGGAAGCGCGGCUCCCCUGGUGGUGAGGGUGUGAAGGGUGCCCCUGGAGAGAGGGGCAGCAGAGGAAAACAGGGUGCAGAGGGACCGCCUGGGAGUCAGGGCUACACAGGCUCUCCAGGAAAGAGAGGAGAAUCCGGGCUCACUGGAGAGAAGGGCCAGCAGGGUGCUCUGGGUUCGACAGGGCUCCCGGGGAGAUAUGGACCUGGGGGUGAGAUCGGCGUAGGUGGGGCAGUGGGAGACAAAGGCUUUCGAGGCCUGACUGGUCCACCUGGCAGGCUGGGUUUGUCUGGCCUUCAGGGACAAAAGGGGAAGAAUGGUUUGCAAGGAAAAGAAGGCAUUGUGGGAACUGAUGGACGUGGUGGGCCUAAGGGGAAUUCUAGGAGACAAGGAAAGCCUGGGUUUCCUGGUGUUAAAGGACAAAAGGGUCUUAUAGGUCCUAAGGGACAUAAAGGAGACUUGGGAAUGAGAGGACACAUGGGCUCCGUUGGGCCUAGAGGAUUCAGUGGGGCUCUGGGCCCCAAAGGCAGGAAAGGACCACCAGGGCCACAUGGAGGCAAGGGCCAUCAAGGGAGACCAGGCCCAAAAGGCUUGAAAGGCAGCAAAGGAAUUAAAGGAAGGAAAGGUGCCAUUGGUAAACCGUGUGUUACGUCGGAAUGGGGAAGCAGGCAAAACGAGCCGUGAAGAAGGGCAAAUGGGGUCAGGGAAACAGACUAGGAACAUGCAACGUCAAUAACAGACUUGGGGAAACAGACUUGAAUGCGGACUAAAUACAGGACAUGACAUCAGAAGAAAUGCAAGACAGCUGGUACGAUGGGAAUUCACACGUGGGUAAUGAGGUGGGCAUGGCACACACGAGGACUGGAUGCGCAGGUCAUGACAGAACCCCCCCCCCAAGGCAUGCACUCUGGGCGUGCCCCAAGGGGAGCGGCAGACAGGACGAGACCAGGAACAAGAUGAACCAGGAAAACAAGACAAGACCAUUACCGGGACACAGGAAACAGGACCGAAACACAAAACAGACACAAGGGCAGAAACCACGACAAAACCUGACAAAGCACAGGGAACGCGGACAGGCAGACCAGGAAGUGAGACACCAACGGAAGGGACAAAAGGACCAAGAGUGAACGGAGACACGACAAGACAACAAGGAGCUGAGACAGGAGACACAGAGGGAUGAGGAGGAAACACAGGAGGCCUAACGGGAUAGGUUGGGGACAAAGGGAGCCAGGUGGGCUAUGGGCAGCAGCCGGAUGGGCCGCAGGUG